AUGCGGUUCAAGACGGAGUUGAAAAACAUCCGCACCUUCUCGAAGUUCACCGCCGCUCUAUCUUCACUAGAGAAGAUCGCCUGGGUACGACUCGACGAUGAAACGGCGCGCUUCACCGUAAUUCCCGACACCGGGUCACAGGUCUGGUCCGUCAUUCCCAUGGACUUCAUCUUCGACGGCUAUCACAUCCAGUCCGCAGAGAAGGACAACACCAUCAACCUGGAACUCCCUCUCGCCCUCCUCCAGCGCGCCCUGCGCUCCGCCUCCAACAGCACGUCCGCCUCCCUCCGUCUGACUAAGAAGGACGGGGUCCCCGUGCUGUCGAUGACCAUCACCACGACCACGAGCACCUCGGGCGCCGGCGGCCGCAACGCAGCCUACGCGGGUCUCGAGAACGACCCCUUUGACGACGACGAGGGCUUCAUGCCGGAGAACCUGACCUCGCUCCGCCACGAGCGGGAGAAGAUCAUCACGCAGAACAUUCCCGUGCGCGUGCUGCAUCCGGAGACCGUCGAGACGAUCAUGCAGCCCACCGUCCGCGAGACAGAUGUUCACAUCAUGCUGCCGCCUCUGCUCCAGCUCAAGGCCAUCUCGGACAGGUUCACCAAGCUGGCCAUGGCGUCGGGCAGUUCUCGCACGGGUCCAAAGCUCGAGUUGAGUGCCAACAUGUUUGGCAGCUUGAAGCUCCGCAUCGCGACCGAGAGCGUCAACGUGUCGACCACCUGGAGCGGACUGCAAAAUCCCGAACUGGACCAGUCGCAGUUUGACAUGCCUCUUGAGGAACAUCCCAGCGUAGCAUUUACAGCGGGUGGUGAGAAUAAGUGGGCGACUGUGAGAGUGGAUGGGAAGGAUUGGAGCAAAGUGUUGAGUGUGGGGAGGCUCGAAGGGAGAGUCGUCGCUGCUUUUGUGGACGAUCAUGCCUUGAUUCUUCAUGUUUACGUGCCUCAAUACGAAGAUGCGCAAGCAGAGGAGGCAAUCCUGACGUAUUAUGUCGGAUCUUUCAGUCAGUAA